CUUACCGCCCUUCAAUAUCAAAACAAUAAACAAAUUACAGAGAAGAGAGACAGAGAGAGAUCACUAAUCAUGGCUGUCGGAGAUGAUGAUCUGGAGAACCGAAUGUCGGCGAAAGAUCGAGGGAUCGGAAGCAGAGGCGGUGAUCGGAAUCGAAUCGGGCCACCGCCUAUGCCGGUAGCUUUGGCAUCGUCUACUGAAUUUGGCGAUAACGCGUUGUCUUCGCAGUGGACGUCGUGGCUUGUUCCGGUGUUCGUUGCGGCUAACGUUGCGCUCUUCGUCGUCGCGAUGUUCGUUAAUAACUGUCCAGAGCAUUUCGAGUCUCACCGUCUCAGAGGCCACUGUGUUGCCAAGUUCCUUGGGAGACUCUCCUUCGAGCCUCUCCGGAGUAAUCCUCUCUUUGGUCCGUCUUCUAACACAUUGGAGAAGUUAGGAGCACUUGAGUGGAGCAAAGUUGUGGAGAAGAAGGAAGGUUGGCGUCUCCUGACAUGUAUAUGGUUACACGCCGGUGUUAUACAUCUUGCAGCUAAUAUGCUAAGCCUCAUCUUCAUCGGUAUCCGCCUCGAGCAGCAGUUUGGUUUUGUUAGAAUCGGAGUUAUUUACCUGUUAUCAGGAAUUGGAGGGAGCAUACUGUCCUCGUUGUUUAUCAGAAACAGUAUCUCUGUUGGAGCUUCUGGUGCUCUUUUUGGCCUCCUUGGUUCAAUGCUUUCUGAACUUUUCACCAACUGGACUAUCUACUCCAAUAAGGUUGCUGCACUCCUGACACUUGUGUUUGUCAUAUUGAUAAACUUGGCAAUUGGGAUUCUGCCCCAUGUUGACAACUUUGCUCAUGUGGGUGGAUUUAUGACGGGGUUUCUCCUCGGUUUCAUUCUCUUAGCUCGUCCCCAGUUCAAGUGGUUAGCAAGAGAUCACAUGCCACAAGGCACACCUCUGAGAUACAAGUACAAGCCUUACCAAUACUUAUUGUGGCUCCUAUCUCUCGCUCUAUUGGUUGCAGGGUUCGUGGUGGCGCUGGUGAUGCUAUUCCGAGGAGAAAACGGCAAUGAUCACUGCCACUGGUGUCGCUACCUGCGCUGUGUUCCCACCUCAAAAUGGCGUUGUGAUGAUAUUUGAUAAGUAAAGCAACAUGUUUUUACUUUGUAAAUGCUUAUAUAGAGACAACCUUUAUCAUCUCAUUUUUUAGUGUUUCAGUAUAUUGUGUGAAUUCUUCUUUAUGUGUGUGUGACUUUUAUUGAGAUUUUUUACCGGAAGAAUAGUUUGUUUAA